UCAACUCGGCCGUUUGCAGUAUGCUGGUAUUUAAAUACUGACAAGGGCUAGGAGAGGUGCUGUCAACUGCUUCUCAUUCAUUCUUACAUGUUGUCAGGUUGGCAGUAAACAAAAGAGAAUUACGAUUAUUACAAAUAUUUAUGCGGUGGCACAAAAAACAAUGAGCAAUCUUAAGCAAGAUCUCGAUGAAUAUUUGCUGCUGCAAAGCGAUCAGAAAAAGAAUUUCAAUGUGAAACUGCCACAGCUCAAAGUGCCCUCCGGCCUCUCACAAAUCUUCUCGCGCUCCGAUGAGACACCCGAAGCAAACAGUUGGCUCAAGGACACACAGGACUCCUGCUGUCCCAAGCUGUCACGACUGCAACGCAUUGUGGGCUUUGUAGCCUGUCUCGGCAUGGGCUGCCUUUGCAUGACACUUUCCACACUUUACAUACCCGUCCUGAUGCUGAAACCCAAAUUUGCGCUGCUUUUCACAUUGGGCAGUCUCUUCUUCAUCAUUAGCUUUUGCUUUCUCGUCGGCUUUCAGACGUUCUUCAGGCAAAUGUUCUCCAAACCGCGACUCCUCUCAUCCAUCUCCUACAGCGGUUGUCUGAUAACAACGCUAUACUUCGCCCUGGUGGCAAAAAGCACCGCGUUUACGGUGCUGUUUGCUGUGGCCCAGAUUAUCACGCUGCUCUUCAUGCUGCUGGGAAUGGUGCCCGGUGGAGCGACGGGUCUCAAGUUCUUUGGCCAGCUGUUCAAGAGCAGCGUCUCAGCGUCGUCCAGUGCGCUACCAGUUUAACACCCACGAAUCACUUGCAAAUUAUACAAAUUAUUUAUUAAACGUUAAUAAACAACUUUUAUGUGAUACUUGGCUGAUCUUCAAUUCAAUCAUUUUCAGUUAUGACACAAGCCAUAGCAUGUAAUUCAAAUAUUGCUUAUCGAAGACAUGAAUCAUAACUGACUUAAUAUUUUUCCUCAACGAUAAUAAUUAAUUUUAAGUAAUUUAUUUUUGAGCAAAAAAUAAAUAGGAAUCAUUACGUCUUAUGUAUAAAAAUUAUUUGUCCUGAUUGUAUUUUAAUUUUCAAUAUAUUUGUAGACUAAUAAUUUGUUUUGAGUAACAAAAAUGCAACUAAUGUUUAUCAUAAAUUUAUGAGUCAACUGAAAUAUAUUAGUGUAAUGCAAAAUCGAGUACCCUUAUUUAUUCCUCAAUAUUGUUUUCAGGGAAAAUAUAAAAAUUAUAACAAUCAAUCUUAAGAAAAAUCAAUUAAUAUAAUUAUAAACUUCAAAUCAAAAAGCCUGAUUUUGGUUUAGAUAAUUUGGGAUGAAGACGGUUUCAAGUGUCUGAUUUUCGUUAUUUAAUUAAAACAAAUUGUAAUUAUUAUUUUCGAUUCCCUAUUUAUUUGUGCCACAAUCGGCUAAUCUUCAAUUUCACCCAGAUACAGCGUCUUAUCGCUAGAGGCGGACAAUAUUAAAGGCUCUCGAGGACUAAAAUCCACGUCGUUCACGCUGCCAUUGUGUCCCGGCAGCUUAUAGAGAAUACGCCUCGUAUUCACAUCCCAAACGUAGACAUGACGAUCCGCUGAUCCAGCGCUGAUUUUAUCGCCACCCGGUGACCAG